AAAUUAAAAAAUUUUAAAUAAAAAUAAAAAAGUUCUAAAAAAAUCUCUAAAAAUUUUAAAAUUUCAUACAAAAAUAAUUUCUAAAUAAAUUUGCUUCUCGUACGAGCCUACUGGCAGUUGCUGAAUUGUGAACGUCGCAUUUUAUGUGCAACACAGCAGUAAUCAAAACUGGCGCCUGCGCUUCGUAUAAAUACGGCCGCUGGGGCACGAAGUUGCUUAUACGCCCGGUGAGUUAGAACCCAAAACCGAAGCGUUAACAAUAAAGCAGAUAAAGACAAUACAAAGCGUUGAAGCGCUUUUAGAGCGGCAAAAGCAACGCUGCUGCAAAUAACAGUAUCACAACAGUAAGGACAAACACCAGCAAAAUGAUACGGGAUGUAUCCACCUCAACACUUGGACGCGAGGAGGAACGCAAGCCGCUUAUGGCGGCGUACAUGUUCCAGCGUCGUGUGCUGUUCGGUUGCAGCUUGUUGAUGGUGGUCUCGCUCAUCAUGUGGAUUGUAGCCAUUUCAACGGAUCACUGGGUUAUUAUAACCGGUGGAAAAGGCAUUUUCAUACCGGAGACACGUCGAUUUUUUAUGGACUCCCACUCCGGUUUGUGGGUGCAUUGUCGGCACACUAAAACACCUAACGCAUUGCCUACCGCCAAUGUGGUGCGCAACUUCACGUCCAUAGCUUAUGUGAACCCUACAACAUUAUUGGAUGCCAAAUUGAAUGCAUCAGCGCUUGAGUUUGUGCGCGAAUUUAGCGAGGAAAUUGUGGAGAUACCGAUGAAAAAUUUCACAGAGUCCGCUAGACGACGCAUGUUUGCGCAUUGGGUACGUAAUGAUGAGGAAGAGUUUAAGGCAUUCAAAAAAAUCUUUGAAGAUCUUGUAUUGAACACAACAGCCACACAAGCCGAAACCAUACCCAUCAAUGCCAAACCGAUCGCAAUUGAUCCGCUAAAUGUACGCGAAAUAGAGUCACGAAAAAUCUUCGGAACGGCAUUGCAAAAAGUCAGGGUCAAUGCGACAUCUUAUUAUUUUGUUAUACCAGAAGCGGCGCAAUUGGCAAUAUUUGCAGGUUGGAAUGAGAAACCAUUUGUGCCAAAGCUUUUCUGGCCAUAUGUGCGUGAUUUGGGCGUACCGGCAUUUGUGCUGGAUGAUCAUCAGGUGAUAUUGCAACUGGUGCCACCACUACCACCAAGCAGUGGUCGCGAAGCGAACGGUUAUGUCUAUCAACCGAAUGAACGUUGCAAAUACAUUGAUAUGUUCAGCAAUCCCAAGUCGUUGAACAAAGACCCCGGCAUCGAUAUGGAGCUGAUGGAUUAUAUACGCACACAGGCUUCGUUUGCCUGCAUCACCGUGUUCGUUAUGAGUCUGGGUUCGGUUUUCUCUUUUUACACUUUCAAGAAUCCGCGUUACAUGUUUAAGCGUUUAGCUGGUGGUAUUCACUUGGUUUCCGCCUCCACUGCCGUGGUUGUUAUACAGGUGCUCUUUUCAUCCGUUGAUUACACAAAGAAGCACUUAUUUUACGCUUAUCCCGAAGGUGCUGAACUUACUUAUGGUUAUGGCGUCUACUUAGCGUGGUUUACUUUUAUAGUGAAUUUAGUGUGUGGUCUCCUAUUUAUGUGGUAUUCGGGCAAAAAGAAGGGCGCGAAGGCACCUAACGAUGAAGUCGCAAUGGCAGAUGAGCCCACAAUAAUGGGCAGAUAAUUACUUUAACCAACCGACUUUGUUCAAUAUAUAUGCGUGAAUAUAUAUAUCAAAAUAGUGCCCACCGAUCAUCAGUGUACCUUAAAAUACUCGCUAAUGUGCUCCAUGGUUGAACAUUUUCUUGUGUAAACCAUUACUAAAGAUGACAAAUAUCGCAAACUUAUUUUUUGAAACAAAAUGAUGUUAUAUCCAAACUGAGAUUGGUGCUGUAGCAUCUGAAAUGGUCAUCGUUGAGUAGAAAUCUUAAUUAGUCAGAACUAUAUGAAAGUAAUACGUUUUUUACUAAAAGAAUUUGCAGUUCCUAAAUGACUAAUAUUGUAAAAAAUAAAGAUAAUUAUAUUUUAUAAUUAUAGAAAGAAAUUAAAAGCAAUUUUUACAUGUAAACGAAUAUAAAAAGUAUAUGUAAACACACACUUACAUAUUGAAAUGAGCAAUCAAAACCAAAAAAAAGUCACUAUUGUUUAAAUAUUUAAUAAUUGUAUGUACAAUUUCAUUGUAAGCUAUAUUUGUAUAUAUGCAUGUUCACGAAUUUCAAACUUGUUCACUGUUAAUUAAUAUUUUAAAGUAAAAAACCAUUAUAAUAGCACGAAAAAACAAGAAAUUUAUUGACAUAAAAAUUAGUCUUUCGAGAAGACCGAAGUUUUCUUAAAUAGAAUAAUUAAGGCUUAAAAUAUUUUGCUAAGUUUAUGAGCGAUAUAUGUAU